ACGCAGAUGCAGAUGCUGUCUCUCUCACACACCUUCUCCUCCUCUGCUGGUAUCCACCAGCAACUGCACGAAGCAGGCAGCCCAUGGAUCCCAUCACUUGACUAAUUAGCCUGGAAGUGCUGCUGAAGAUCCUCAUAUUUCGCCUGCCGACCCAGCAGCAGAGCGCAGACAGAUAUAGAGCAGCAGUCUGGCUGCAGGCUGAGUGCCUGGCAGUGGGCAGGCUCUCUAUCUCUCUCUAUUCACACUUAGCACUGAAAGGCUUAUAAGUGGCAGAGCGGCGGAAGUGAGGGGCGGCAAUGCUUUGAAAGAGAAGAAAAAGAGGAGAAAGAGAGAGAUCGGAGCUGAGACCACGAAAAGACCACAGGAUGCGACUUCGCUGCAGGAGCAAAUCCCCUUAGACUUCCAAGGCAGCUGCAACAACUGCUUCCGACACACACAGAAAGAUAAGAUGAUGGACAGUCAGCGACCAUCUCAGGGGAGGCCCAUGAGGAACCUUCCUGCAGACAGAGGCCAGCUAAAAACCAGCACUUACAUUGUGCCCUGCUUCCUCUUUGUGGAGCUGGUGAUCAUGGCAGGGACCGUUCUGUUGGCGUAUUACUUUGAGUACACGGACACGUUCCCAGUGCACAUCCAGGGCUUCUUCUGUUUCGACAAAACCUACUCAAAGCCAUACCCCGGACCAGAGGACAACAGUAGGGCGCCGCCGGUCCUGGUGUACUCCCUCGUCACCGCCAUCCCCACUGUGACGAUUCUGAUCGGGGAAGUGACAGGCUUCUUUGUGAAGACGGAGGGAUCUCAGGAGAAGACCAUAGUGACCGCUGACUGCUGUUAUUUCAACCCUCUCCUUCGGAGGAUCGUACGUUUUCUAGGGGUCUACUCCUUUGGUCUCUUUGCUACAACCAUCUUUGCCAAUGCCGGUCAAGUGGUGACAGGCAACCAGACGCCUCACUUCCUGUCCGCCUGCAGACCAAACUACACAGCUCUAGGCUGCCAGUCUCCUCUGCAGUACAUCACAGAGAACCGAGCCUGCACAGGAAACCCGUACCUGGUGGUGUCCGCCCGCAAAUCCUUCCCCUCCAAAGAUGCAGCCCUCAGCUUUUAUUCAGCCAUCUACACAGUGAUGUACGUGACAUUGGUGUUCCGGACCAAAGGAACCCGUCUGAUGAAGCCCACUUUAUGCCUGGUGCUGCUGUCUUUGGCUGUGCUGGUCGGGGUGGUCAGAGUGACAGAGCACAGGAACCACUGGAGCGACGUUCUGGCCGGUUUUGUUACUGGAGGGGCCAUCGCAGCAUUCCUGGUCUCAUGUGUGAUCAACAAUUUCAAACCAACUAAGCUAGCAGUGCCGACCCCUCCCCCCCCUCCACAGCAUCCGGAGCCCCUCAUCAGCCUGCCUCUCCUCAGCCUGCCCCGCGUGGAGAGUCCACUCGAAAAGUUAAGUGGCUUCCAGGCUCCGGGGUUACCAUAUUCUGAGAUCACAUGACCAUCAGCCAACCCCGCCCUCCGCCCCACCCGAUCUGCUCCCCCCCUCAAGACGCUGCCUCACCAGCUCAGUCUAGACCUGCCCCGUGAAAUCCCCCCACCCUGCCCUGCCCACCCUGAAGGACGAAAACCGCUGCGGCGAGUCAAAUCCACCCAAGUAUGAAGCUUCACGAGUCACAGGGACCUGACAACAACACGGAGACCUGUUGUUCCCUAAACCUGUGACGCCGCCUUUCUGUCCUUCAAGAUGGCCGCCCUUUUCUUUUUGGGUGUAAAAGACUCUUUCAAGCCAGAGCUGUUAAAGCAAUACUGUGUCCUGUUUCCUUGCGGUUUUCCGCAAAGAUUCAACGGUGACUCUGAAGACUGUUGGCUGGUGAUGACUUGAUAUUUCCUAUUAAAUGAUAAUUAAAGAAAAAAAAAGUCACAAGUGGAUUUUCCUCAAGACCAUUUUGUUAUACUCAGGACACUUAGGGGAAACAGCUGAGAGACGAUCUUUCUGUAAUAACAACGCUGGCACGGUACAGACUUCUGGUUCUGUACUCAAAGGGAACAGAUGCUGUCAAGGAGGGAAGCACUUCUGUAAAUUAUAGCACAGAUGAACCAGUUUAACUCUCAGUAAACAAUGUUGUAACUUUC